GUAUCCGUAGGGUGCGUCCACAUCUGGCGAAUGCGCGCAGUGACUGCACUGCACGCGCGUGGUUUUAGAACGGUUCGCGAGCCGCACUUAUUUACAAACACGUAAAUUGCUGUUGAAAAGGUACUAACGAUAAUUUGUGGUACAGAAAAUGCGUUGGAUGAACGGCUUCAACCACAGGGUGGGUGUGAUCAACCUGAACGACCAGGGCAGUACCCAGCUGUUCUACUCGGCGUCUAACUGCGGCGUCGUCUACAACUGGACCACGCAGCAGAUGUGGCUGCUGCAGGGACACCGACACAUGGUUACAUGCAUUGCAUCAGACGAGCGUGGUCGGUGGCUGGUGACAGCCGACUCGGGCCCAGAAAACGUAAUCAUAAUAUGGGACUCCAGGGACUUAUUCCCUCAGAAGACGUUGUUCGCACCGCACGGGACCACUAAGGUAGCUAAAGUGGCACUCAGCGCGGAUGCCAGGUACCUGCUGACGCUGGCGUACCCUUGUGAGAAGAUGGCGUUGUACUGGUGGAUAUGGUGUUUGGGAAAAGACUCUCCACAUGCUGUUUAUGAAACAAGCAAUAUUUCACGAGACAGCGUAGUAGAAAUGAUUUUCAAUCCCACGAAAUCUGAGCAGUUCCUUCUGAUGACUAGAACUGGUAUUUAUCUCGGCAUAUCUAAAAAAGUAUUUCUAUCGGAGCGAGGGCAAGUAAAAGAGACUGACCGCUGGGAACUGAAAGUGAAGAGCCAGGACAAAGUGAACCCGGACUACGGCAAGCUGAUGUGUUGUACCUUCGUGAAGGGCACCUCGCAGAUCAUCGUGGCGACCAGCCGCGGCGCCGUGCUGGUCUAUGGCUACACCAUAGAGUACCAGGCCAAUGUCGAACCCGCCAAUAUUGAGAAGCUCCGCUUCAUCAAGAUGGUGAAGCUGAAUAAGAGGAUGAUUAAUGUCAUCAAGAAUAUUGAUGGGAUAAUAGUGACGGGCAACAGCAACGGCGAGAUCCACUUUUACGACGACCAGCUGAAGGUGCUGUACUGGGUGCACGGCUUCUCCGUCGACAAGGUCAAGGGGCUCAGCUUCAACGUCUCGCCCAGGAGCUCCAUGAUCCUCGACCCUGCCUGUAAUAAGCCCUGUCCGUGUUGGGAGAAGGUGGAGGUACAAAAAGACCCAGUGACAGGCCAGCUUACCCAAAAGCUGAUUAAGAUGAGGCUUCCUUCCGACGCGACCGUCAGCGGCAAACCCUUCCUCGUCAGGGAUUUCAUUGUUUGUACGUUUAACCAAGGAGUUGGAUUUGUGGACUUUGUCACUGAGAAGUACACUACGCUAAUAUACAACAAGAGAUCGGCCGUCCUCUCUAUGACGGUACACCCUGAGAAGAACCUGCUAUGCAUGGGCUACAAAGACGGCACGGUGGAGCUGUUCGACUUCAUCCAGCACAAGCUGCUGAAGAAGCUGGACUUGUGCAGCCGGUUCACGACGGUGGUGCCGCCCAACGAUGACUCCAUCAACUGCAACUUCGAGAUCACCGUGCCUGAGCUCUCCGUCACUUGCUUGCAGUACUCACCUUCAGGGCUACACCUGGCGAGCGGUCUGAACACGGGCCAGAUUCUGUUCCUCGACCCUACGACCAUCGACAUCCUCAGCCCGUCGCCCUUCAACGACACCAGAGGAGACAUCAAGCUCAUCAGCUACUGCAAAGACUCGGUCACCAUGGCUACUGCUGAUGAAUGGAGAACAGUUUGCGUUUACAAGUACAACUGUAAACGCUUUCAAUGGGCAUUCGUCGGCAAGCAUCGCUCCCACUACAAGGACAUCACCUCGCUCAUCUUCCUUCCCGAGAAGAACACCAACGGGGAAUAUAAACUGGUGUCGCUGGGCAUGGACCGAUGCAUGGUUGAGUAUGAUAUCGGGGCUAGCAGCGAUGAGUAUUUGGAGAUCGCAAGUCUGGACAGAGUGGAGCAGACCGCGGUCCCACUGGGUGCCAUCGUGUGGCCGACGCCACCUGAGGUCGACCCUGAGGAAAGUAGAACUGAUUUGCCGAUGCUACUUAUGGCUAACGAUGAGUACAAGUACAAGAUAGUGAAUUACGCAACUACCAUGACCCUGGCCACAGUGCUGGGCCCUCGCUACGAUCACCCCGUCAGCAAAAUACAGCUGAUCACGGGGAAAGACGGCGACAAGACCAACCAGUACUUGCUGUUCUCUUGUAAAGAAGUCAUCGGCUUACAGAAGAUGCCGCUUGAUGGCAAUCCUUGGAAACAUGUAGGGCAGCUGGGACAUCCCUUCAGGAUUACGCGGAUGUGUUUUCGGGACGACUACGGAAUGCUGUUCACGAUCGGUUUCAGAGAUACCACUUUUACUCAAUGGGAUGCAAACUUCAGGUCUGUAGAAACGACGACCUUACGAGGUGGAAUAGACCUGGAUCCUUACUACUGCCUCGUGGACAACGGCAGGCCCGGCUGGCUGUUCCAAGAGAUUCGGGACCUGUUCUACUACAUCCAGAUCCUGUGCCAGGGCACCUUCUCCCCGGCCAGGAGGCGCGUCAAAGACUACAUUCCGAUAGACUCGCUGCCCGAUCUGAUGAGGGCUUUAGGCUUCUUCCCGUCGGAAUAUGAGGUGGAAAAUCUAUUGAUCGAAGCCAAGUUCAAGGUAUACCUGAAGACGCCAGUAACCGAGAUAGACUUCAUGGAGUUCGUGAAGCUGUACUUGAACCACCGGCCCGUGUUCGGCGAGAGCUUCAAGCGGCUGCGCGCCGCCUUCCGCACGUUCGCCAACGUCAGCAAACAGGGAUACGUCAUGCCGAGAAACGACUUCAUUGAGAUGCUCACUUCUAACGGUGAAUUCUUUUCCCGUGAGUUGUGCUGGUACCUGCUGACUAUACUUUGCGGCCACAGCUUCGAAGAUCGAGCAGUUAUGAAUGAAGAUGAUUUCUCAUUUUUGCCAAAGGUCAUAACAUUCAGUGACUUUGUGACUGAAAUAAUUGGUAUACAAGAAAUGGAUAAUGUGUCUGACACAUACUCUGGGUCGUCAAUGUCUUCCAUGCAUACAGUGGGUUCCAUAGAUUCUGAUGAGAAAUUAAAUUAAUAAUUUAAAUAUCUUUAUUUUGUCUUACUAAUUACUAUAUUAUAUUACAUUAUUAUUAAUUUAUAAUACAUUAAAUUUACAUUUAUAAUAA